CCAUUUUCCCCCACCGAUCUUUCUCUCCAUCUCGAAUCGGCGCUACCGAUCUCCGCUCGCGAUCGCCCCUCCCAAAAAUCGUACGGCGUUUUUCUAGGGUUUCGCGGUUGUUGUCCAGUUCUUCUGUCGAAUCGGAGAAGAUGAGCUCAAAGGAAGGCGGCGGCGGCGGCAAGGGAGGGAGGGGCAAGCCCAAGUCCUCCAAGUCGGUGUCCCGGUCGCAGAAGGCCGGCCUGCAGUUCCCCGUCGGCAGGAUUGCUCGGUUCCUCAAGGCCGGGAAGUACGCCGAGCGGGUCGGCGCCGGAGCCCCGGUCUACCUCUCCGCCGUCCUGGAGUACCUCGCCGCUGAGGUGUUGGAACUUGCUGGAAAUGCUGCCAGAGACAACAAGAAGAACAGGAUCGUCCCAAGGCACAUCCAGCUCGCGGUGAGGAACGAUGAGGAGUUGAGCAAGCUCCUGGGUUCCGUGACCAUUGCUAAUGGAGGAGUGUUGCCCAACAUUCACCAGACCCUGUUGCCGAAGAAGAUGGGCAAAGGGAAGGGGGACAUUGGAUCUGCUUCUCAGGAGUUUUAGGGAGUUUUUCUCGUUUGUAGCUUGGGAUCUUGUAUCAGAGAUUUUGUCAUGGGAUGAUUUCUAGUGUAUAUGUUUGAAUAUGGGUCUUUCGGGGUUCUCUGGCUGGGAAUUCUAAUAUCAUAUUAGGAUCAUGUUUGAAUCAAAUCAAAAGGGUUUUUCUUUGUUCAUGUUUUCAGAUGAAUGGAUCUAUUGAUAUUGAAAUUGGACAAGUGGUAUCUUCACUAAUGUGAAUGUACACCAAAUAGAGACCAAAA